GUCAGGAGGAUAAAGAAAAGUUACCCUCGGGCUUCAGGCGAAGCAGGUUUGGUGGCAUUCGAACAUUCUCUUUCCAUUUCCUCGCUAUCAAAAGAUUCAGUCUCCGGAUUUCGUUCGUGUGAGGCUAAAGACUCGAGAAAUCCAAAAUGAACAGUGUUGGUGAUAUGAUGAGGUGUUUGGGCCUGCUUUUAGUAGUUUUCGUUGUUAUACAAGAGGAGUGCCUUGCUUCCAGCAUUCACCGCAGAAAGAAGAGAGAGGACACUGAUUUUGAGUGCCCCAAGCCGGACGGUCUCUUCGCCGAUCCCGAAACCUGCAAGAAGUUCUACACCUGCGCUGGCAACUACCCUUUCGCCCAGAACUGUCCCUCAUCCCUCUACUUCGACGACGUCAGGAAGUUCUGCACGAGGAAGACGAAGCAACUCGUCUGCGGACCCGUCGAGACGCCCGAAGUUGAACCAACUGAACCACCAACACCUGAUCCAUUGUCUGCGCCGCCAUGUGACACGUCCGCCUGUGUCUUACCAGACUGCUUCUGCAGCUCUGACGGAACACUCAUUCCAGGUGGCCUCGAACCCACCGAGACCCCGCAGAUGAUCCUGUUAUCAUUCGACGGUGCUGUCAACUCUCUGAACUUCGAUCUGUACAAGAAAUUGUUGACCAAGACUAGGACCAAUCCGAACGGGUGCCCCAUCAAGGGAACGUUCUUUGUGAGCCAUGAAUACAAUAGUCAUUUCCAUGUACAGAAAUUCUAUUCGGAAGGUCAUGAAAUAGCUAUACAUUCCAUCUCUAAUCGUUCUCCUGAGGAAUGGUGGGCCAAGGGCAGCUACGAAGAUUAUGCCGAGGAAAUGGUUGGACAGCGCGAAAUCCUUCACAAAUUCGCUAACAUUUCUCGCGAUUCUCUUCUGGGCAUGCGCGUUCCCUACCUACACCCUGGUGGCAACGCCAUGAUGAACGUCGCUUAUGACUACGACUUUGUGUACGACUCAUCUAUCAUCGCACCGAUGUCCUACACACCCAUCUGGCCCUAUACUCUCGAUUACAAGAUUCCUCACAAGUGCAUGCAAGGUACAUGCCCCACACGCUCCUUCCCUGGACUCUGGGAAAUCCCCCUCAAUACCUUAUUCAGCAAUGACGGAACUGGUGGUAUGUGUUCAUUGGCUGACCAGUGCGUCUUCCAAGAGAAUGAUGACGAAUCUGUGGAGCAAUUCUUAAAGGAUAACUUCAACAGGCACUACAAUGUCAACAGGGCUCCAUUGGGUCUGUAUUUCCACGUAAACUGGUUCAACGAUAGAAACAAGACAGCCGUUCUCCUCAAUUUUAUCGACGACAUCAGGACCAAACAUCGGGAUGUCUGGUUCGUUACCAUGCAAGAGUUAGUGUCUUGGAUGAGAAACCCCACCAAAGUCUCUAACCUCAAUUCCUUUGCACCAUGGGCUUGUGAAAAAAGAGAGAGCUCUUGCAAUAUUCCUAAGAACUGUGAGGUUCAGCUGCAUCUUGACGGUUACGUUGAAACUCGGUACAUGCAGACCUGCGCAAAGUGUCCCGUCAAGUACCCAUGGGUUGGAAACUUCGAGGGAGCAGCUGAAGGUGUCAAAAUUAUGGAUCUGACCCGUGAUGCAGAACCUGAGUCGGAUUCUUAGACAGGAUGAUGACUCGAAAAGCAACUGCAAGUAUCGUUCUCUGUCAGGUGCUUCCAAAAUUGCAGCAAGACAUGAAGUGUCUGCUCUGGUCUUAGAGGAUGGAUUUUUGACAUCUAAAUGGCUUUGGCGAAGGUUGAAAAAAACAUGCUUGCAUUGUUUUUACAGUAAAACAGCUUUAACUGCAGUAUUUGAGCACCACCUGCAGCUUUAUUUUAAUUCAAAUACAAGUCUAACUAUACAUUACAUGCUUCAUCACUUACAAAUUUGUAAAAAAAAAAAAAAAAAAAAAAAUUUAUAUGUUUUUUAUUAAGAUAUUUAAAAUAAUAUCUUAUAGUGAAAAUGUAUUUUGGUCCCCAUCGAAGAUGAAUCCAAAUCCUGCAAAAAAUUCAAUAGGUGUUUUAAGAUAUUGAACUUUAUAAUUAGCAAUAUACUCAUAAAUUAUCUCUAAUUUUUUUAAUAAAUAAUUUUACUUAUUUAAUUAUAUUUAAAAGUACUGAAAAACUAAAAAAAGUCUCGCAAUAAAAAGUAAAGCUUCUGCUGCAAGAAUACUUAAGCAUCAUUUCUCAAGGUAAGCGAGACCAGGAAUUAUGGCGUUUUAUACAUUUAUUACAGAAUUAUAAAUGUUAAAAUAAAAUGUUAUAAUAUUGUUUUGAUUUUUGUAAAACUGUUUUGUAUCUCAUUCUGGGAAUGAAGAAUAUAUUCUUAAAUGCAUUAUAUAUAUUAUAGGUGACUGAUUUGUAAAAUAAACGAUCUUUUGAUUGAUA